AUGUCAACACUUGAGUGCCUGCUCCACCCUCACCACAUCUCGUUGAUUGACACGCACUCAUUGCGUGCCAAGCUCAAUCAUGUGGGUGACGCCUACUACAACGUUGACGGCUUACCAUCGCAUCGCGGGGUAUUGGCUCCAAAGUUCGACGUCUUCGAAAUAGAAGGGGAUGUAGGGGGAUGGCUUCUGGUUGGAGAUCUGCCGGGGAUUGAUUCUGCCGAUGACAUCAAGAUUGAGUGGUUGGAUGGUAGUACUAUCUUCGUCCGUGGGAAAAAGGAGACAUCGUCAAUCCCAACUUUCGGUGAGACAGGAAGCACGAUCAUGAAGACUGUUCACAAGGAGAGACAUGAAGGACUCUUUGAGCGUUCUGUUACAUUGCCCGCAAAGGCAAAUGCCAACGGGACGAAGAUAGAGGUGAAAAGCGGAGUUGUCUUUGUGAGAAUUCCGAAACAGACCUAG